AUGGAAGUGCUAGAAGAGAGCAAGCGUACCUUAGAGCAACAAUUGAAGGUCUUGAUUUCAGAGUUAGCAGUUGAAAAAGCUUCUUCCAAUCAGGCUGACAAGGAUAAAAUUUCAAGAAAAAAAAUCCUGCUAUGUUCUCUCCUUAAAAUUUCCAAGGAAAACAAAAGAAGAAUCAACAGUACUGUGAGCUAUUUUGCCAGUUUAAUCUUACUCUGUUUUCUUGCUAAACUCUGCAGCAGAUUAUUAGUACAACAACACAAGCAGCAGUUACAACAACAACAGAAUGUUAAUGUGAAGAAGAAGAGAGGUAGACCAAGAAAAUAUGCACCUGAUGGGUCUGUAAAUGUAACUAAUAGUAAUAAUGUUUUAUCUCCAAAGCCAAUUUCAUCAUCUGCGCCGUCGCCGGUGAUUGAUUUUUCGUCGGAGAAACGGGGGAAAGUCCGGCCUGUUGGGUUAGUUAGUGCUAUUAAACCUCAUCAUCAUCAGCCUAAAGUUGAUUUAGCCACUCCAGGUGAAUGGGUUUCGUGCUCUGUUGGUGCCAAUUUUACACCUCAUAUUAGUACUGUAAAUACUGGAGAGGAUGUCACCAUGAAGGUUAUAUCAUUCUCUCAACAAGGGCCUAGAGCAAUAUGCAUUCUUUCAGCAAAUGGUGUAAUUUCAAGCGUUACACUUCGUCAGCCAGAUUCCUCUGGUGGCACAUUGACGUAUGAGGGCCGGUUUGAGAUACUGUCUUUGACUGGAUCAUUUAUGCCAUCAGAGACCGGAGGAAUGAGAAACAGAUCUGGUGGAAUGAGUGUUUCUCUAGCAAGCCCUGACGGACGUGUUGUUGGGGGUGGAGUUGCCGGUCUGUUAGUAGCUGCCAGUCCUGUGCAGAUUGUUGUAGGCAGCUUUCUUGCUGGAGACCAGCAUGAGCAGAGGACCAAGAAAAACAAAUCGGACUCCAUUGUCGCUGCUGUUCCUUUACCUACCACAGAGAUGGAAGACCAUCCUUAUCACUCUUCAGUAAAAAAAGCUGUGCCAACUUCCUCUUCGUUCCGUGCAGAUAAUUGGUCAGCUUUGGCCCCUGAUUCGAGGAAUGAGCCAGCUGAAAUAAAUGUAACUACUCAACUUGCAUAAGGUGAAAUUUGAAUGGAUUUUACCAGAUUGUGUAAACCACAAGGACUGCAUGCCAUUUACAAAGUUCCAAUUGAUCUUUCUCACGUCUA